AUGUGUGGUUUUUUUUCAGCUUCAGAUGGAGAAUUUGACACUGAAAUUGUCUUUGCCUUAGAUUAUUCCUCAAGUGUGUCAGAUGAAAACUUCCAAAAGGAAGUAAACUUUGUCAAACAAUUGGCACAGUCUUGGGAUGUUCCCUCAGAGGAUUCCAUAGUCACUGUUGUGUAUGGGCAUAGUGCCAAAGUAGUAACAUUGGAUUCUGGCAAAGACAACUCUUCUGUUGAAUUAACAAAAGUGAGACCUGAAGCAUGGAUUGAAAGUGGAAGAAGAAGAAUGGAUCAGGCCCUACUUAAGGUUGCUGAUUAUUUCAGAGGGAGGUCCAAGCAUGAUCAGAAUGGGCUUCAUCAGCUUGUCUUUCUAGUGACAGCUGGUAAGCAGGUAUCAGGCACUGAAUGCAAUGAAGAUAACCCUGCUCCCCUUGUGUCAGCAUAUGAGAAACUCUCCUCUGAAAACAUCAAAAUUGUUGUUGUGUCAGUUGGCUUGGCAACUGAUUUCAAAGAGCUUGGUCACUUGGUGAAGAGGCCACAUUUUUUGUUCCAGCUCUCCAGUUUUGAUGAUAUGACGCCUGAAGAAGCCCAGAGUAUGGCAGCAUACAUGAAGAAGACGGCAGGUGAGCCUACUGUCAGUUCCUCUUCCUAUAUGUAAUGAGUCAAAUCAAAUCAAAUCAAAUCUUUAUUGAGCUGAUUUUGAAGAAGAAGAAUUAAUUUACAAUCUUGAAGGGUUUAUAAAGAGAACUAUUCAGUAAGAAGUAAAGAUAGAGUGCAAGCUGGGAAGCUAAAUUAACCACUUGGUAUGAAUAAAAUAACAUCAAUUUUAACAAUAGAUUAUUGCUUUAGUGUUACUAGUCAAACAGCAAGAAAAAAUACAUUACAGGAAAAGAAACGUAAUUAAUAUUUACAUUUAAUAAUAUAAUUCAGGGGUUUCAUUAAGAGCCAGGCACCUAGCAAAUUUGCUGGCUGUUAAUGUAAUUUUGUCUGCCUGCCAUGAGCACAUCAAGGUAAUUUUUGGGACAAGGAAGUUAAAUCCAAACAGAUCUGCAAAAGUAAAUGCCCUCCUACUCGAAACCUUAUGAAACCCCUGUGAUUGCAAUAAUAGAGGUCCCAUGCAGUUAUUUUAGGGGAGUUGUAUUUCACCCCUGCACCCCACCCCACCCCACCUCACCCCACUCCUGCUCCCAAAGUGGUGAAUCUCACCCAAAAAUGACUGUAUGGGAGGUUAGUAAGGCCAUGACAAAAUAAACCUGCUGUAGUACCAGAGGUUAGCACAAGGGUUUCUUCUUGAAAUGUCCAAUCUUCUUUGCCCCAAUCAUUCAAUGUAGAUGCAGUUCCAUCUUCCACCAUAAUGCUUCGUUUAUCCUAACUUUUGUCACACCCAACUUGAUCAUAAAAUUGACGUGUUUAAAUCACUGUUUAGUCUAGUUCCUUUUCUCCUACUUAAAUAGUUAUCCCAAUUAUGCCAUUUAUAAUGUUUUACCAUGAAUAGGUUUGACUUUGAGGUGGUUUGUUUGCACACAAAUGCUAAAUUUCCAGUCAUGUCUGCCCCAUUUUCAGUUAGGGAGCAAAUCCUGAAUAGUUUUCUUUUGCUCAACUAACCUGUUUGUGAUGUGAAGUAAUUUUGCUUAACUCCUUGCAGGAGGCCUUGUCAAUUUUGCCAACAAACCAAACAAGUGAUGGAUGGGUUCUAGAGUCAUAGUUUGAUGUACCCCUUUUUCUGUUAUUGCAGACAUUGAAGCCUAUGCGAAAAAGCAGUUUGACCGCUUCAAAGGUAUCCCCCAAAAGUCAGGUUUGUGGGAAAAUAUUAGCCUUUGUUCUGAUGUCAUGGAAGGAGCUUGGUACUUACUGUACGAUGAUCAGAAGCAGAAUAAACAUGCUGGAAUCAAGAAGAAGAUACGAGAAAAUAUUGACAAUUUUCAUAGCAAACUUGUAACAGAAAGUAAGAUUACUGUUUUAGUUGAUGUGUUUGGGCCACUUGGGGCUGGUAAAAGUUUUUUCCUCAACUUUCUUUUAAAUUGGGGUUUACCUGAUGAACAUAAGGUGAAAAAUGGGCCCCUUCCUUCAGCAUCUGGAGGUAGCCAAACACCAAUUCCAAUUUAUGUAAAACAUGGUAACAAUGUUCAGGUGUUGUUACACAAAAGUAACAAAGAUGAAAGGAACGAAAGUCCCUCUGUUUGGUUUCCCAAAGAGGAACUGGGUAGAGGCACUUUAGCCCGUGUAAGGGAUGAGCUCGAAUCCAAGUUUGAGGAAAUCCAUUCAAAGUUUGAGAAAGAUAAAAGCUUGCCAGAUGCGACUUGCAUAGAAAUUCAGGGACCAUUUCCAGUGUUCCGUGAUUUGAACUGUAAUGUUCACGAGAGCGACAGGACAAGCUCGGGCCAUCCGCAGCUAGGCGUUGCGCUUGAUGUGCAAUUCGUAGAUUUACCUGGACGCGGUGAUCCAAUUGGAGACGAUACAAUCAAUGUGGAGCUGAACAAGGCUGAUACAAUUUUGUUUUUUAGUAGUAGUCAGUCGGGGAGACAAGUUUCGUCGCAAGAUAUCGCAGACAUAUUUAGCAGGCGUAACAACUGGGAGUUUACAUCGCGGCCCAAACUCAUUCAUGUAGUUAAUGACAGAGAACCACCACACACACCCUCACCCAACUUCGAUCUUUUGCACGAUGAAAAAAAAGAAAACCUCAAGAAAGGAUGGGAGAGCUUUUUCAAGAAUAGCACAGGAGACAAUGGAGUCUACAAAAAGGUAAGGGAGAACCUUCCUCAGCUGAGUGCUGAAGUCCUUUUGGAGAAAUUGUCCAACGAGAGUGACGCCCUUUAUUUCCACUCAGGUAAUCCUGGCUUUGUAAAAUCCUUAAAAGAAUUAAUUGAUGACCAUGUUCAGACCGUGAGAAUGAAAGAAAUUAUUCACCCAUUUUUGAAAAAAGUCCAUUUUGUUGCGAAAAAGCUCAAACAGCGAACGGGUGACACCCGCCACAGACAGAAGAAAAAACAGGAACCAAUUACUGUUAAAGUUGGAGAAACGCCCUUUAUAAUGCUUGGUGACAUAGAUGAAGCGAUUGAGCUGAUCACUUCCUUUAUAGACGAAACACCUCUUCCACUGGAGUUGGAUAUUAAGAGCUUGCACCACUUCCUAUACAACAAUUUUUUGGUUUGGAAUAAAACGCAGGUGUUUCUUCAAGAUACUUUGAAGGCAUCAUUGGAAAACUUCACUUCUCAACUGAUUGCCAAUAGUUCCACUUUGCAAGACGUGGAGGCAGGUCUCCUAGAGUUGGUAGAGAUGCUGUGCAAGGAUAAAGUCCAGCAGUAUUGUGUCGAUACUGCACCAGCAUACCUGCUGCAUGUUUUGGGCAAGAGGAAGAAUCGAAACCCAUUUGGCAAAGCUACAACGAAGCGUUGGUCAAGUGCCAGUAAAGAACAAAAGCAAGACCAAUAUCAUGAAUUGCUUUACCUUCUGCUGAUGCAUACUUUAGAUGCUUUCAAGGCAGGUACUCGUGACAAACAAUACAAGAAAUCACAUUUUUACCUUAUGGAGCAGCUGAAGGAGGUUGUCAGAGAAGGGCUUGCUGUCAGAUUUGUCAGUGAAGCUUUCAAGGCUCAUUGUUUGAAAUCACUGAAUGAAAAGUUACCAAAGAUAAUUGAAUUUUGUAACGACUCUAUACGGGAAAUAAACCCUCACCCCAGCUUAGAUGUUAAAAAAGAUCUUUCUCUGCCAGAGAAAAUGGUAGCUACCCGUGAAAACACCCAAAGCGAACUGCAGUGUGGACAUGAAGAAAUCAUCAAGGAAAUGACAGAUCUACUUAAUGCUCCAACCAAAGGAAAACGGCUUCCGAAGAAAGCUGACAUCAUUUACCUACUAGAGACGAGGUUGAAAUUUAAUCAUGGUGAUUUGAGACUUCGCCAAUCACAGAGCGAAGAAGAACAGCGAUUGUGGGCAAAGGCUUUGCUGAAUGUUCUCAGCAACGAGGAUCACUUUGAUGUCAAUCUUGACCCAAAUUUAGUCCUAAACCAGGGUGAACUAGAAGUACAGAAACUUUUUGGUCUGGCACGAAAACGCCUCUUUGCCCAUCGAAAGUCGCUGGUCACCAGCAAAAUCAGUGAAGACCUAUCAUUGCCUGGAAACGAGAUUCACUUGAGGAAGAAUGCUCAAGAAGAAAACUGUCUUGAAGUACUUGUCUCUGCUGAAAUGUCCAACAAGCUUCAUACCAUUCGUGAGGAAUUUAAAGAUCCCUCAAACCAAAUAGCGCCAAUAUUCAUCCCGACAAUCCGACCAGGUCCAACUACAGACAUGCAAGGAAAUUACUUUCUAGAAGAAGAUCCUUGGAGUAAAAAUGACACUUCAGAAGAGGGGGAAGUGGAAGGGAUGGAUGCAGAAGGAAAUCAAGACAGUGGGUUAAACAUAUUCCUUGUCGUUGAGCCACAACAUUUAGAAACUUUUAAAACCACAAUAGCUGGCCUCCAGGUCCCAUCAGCAAGCAAUAUCAACUUGAUGUACAUUGUUUUGCCCCAGAGCGGACGAGGAAUUGGUGUAACCAGAGCUAUUAUUAAAAGCCUAGCAGAAUGUUUAAAGUUUUCUCUGUACUGGACCAUAGAUGAUGACAUCCAGUUCAUGUAUCAGUUUGAUGCAAAUGAUCGUAGGUGGCAUAAGUGCUCAAUUACCAGGGGCCUCUUGUUUGGACAGCGCGUUUUUCAAACAUGCCUGGAAAAGAAUGUGAAUCAACUGUCGCAAAAGGAUAAAAGAAAGCUGGUUAAAGAUGUCAGGAGUAUAAUUCCAUCUUGGGCUGAAGAGACACAAGACCGUGCUAAUGAACUUCUAGUUGAUCAGAUGUCUUUUGCUCAGGUCCAAAAGAACCCCGCCCUUUUGCAUCUUCCAUUCCAAAACAUCAGUGAAGACUGUGGUGGAGAUGCUGAAAGGGAAAAAGAAUUAAGAGCUUCUGAACAGCGUUUUGAAGAUGAGUGCAGAAAUCGUCUGUUUGGAGGUGCUGACAAGCGCAUUGCUGGCGUGUCCCUUCCUCAUGUAUCAAGCAGACGCUCUGACUACGUGAGUAAAUAUCCAGACGCAGAUUAUAUGCCCAGCGACCAGCGUUACCAGAUUGUGUUAAACAAUGCUUGUGCCCUAAAGGGAAGAAACUUUGUCACAGAUGAGAUGAUCUUCCUUGACGAAGAAUUCCAAGUGUACGACAAGGACAAACGUAAUAGCCCUCACUGGGGGAUAAGAGGUAGUGAUAAGUCUUUCUCACGUGCACUCAAAGUCAGUGGUGUGAUUGGCUAUAAAGUUAUUAGAAUCGUUCAAGACCACAAGAAGCUAAAGAAUGUUUUUGAUAGGGUAGGUCCUUCUUACAUUGGAUCUCAGUCCCCCCACAGGUCCGAGGAUGAGGAUGAUGAAAAUGAGGAAGAUGCUUGA